UAAAUAGUUCUGGCGAGAGUGUUACCCAAGGCUCCACACUUGGCACAGCCGCGAAGCAGAAAGUUCUUGCGGGAAAGUUGACAAUAGUUGCUAAAAGUUUUGAAAACCCACAAGUUCUUUAACAUCAAUCCAGCCUGCCUUCAAGAGGAGCCCAAGGUUGUUAUUGGGAUGUUGUUGUCCAGCAAAAUGGGGGACAAUGUGGUAUAAUGGCUAGUGUACAGGAUCAGGGAGUCUGGAGACCUGGCUUCUAUCCCCAGCUCUGCCACUGACUUGUGUGUGUGUCCUUAGGCAAGUCACUUCAUCUCUCUGUGUCUCAAUUUCCUUAUAGGGGUAAUACCCACUUGAGAGCCUUUUGAUAAAAUUUGCAGUGCCAGUGCAUAGCAGGGUCCUUAUGAAAUGCCAGCCUAAAAAACUAAGCUGUGUGCUUGACUGAGAGUUCAUAGGCCCUCCUUUCCCUUCUGUUUUAACACUGACCACAGCAUUGUGUGUGAACAAUAAGUGUGAGCAGCUGGUGCUACAUGUGCCUGUUUGAUUCCAGCCAAACCAACAUCUGGCUUCAAAAAGGCAGGGGUGGAGCGCAAGGAGGAAAACUAACCUUUGGUUCAAGCCCUGAGGCCGUUGUGAAGGAAGAUGAUGGUUGUGGACAGCGCUCUCUCUCUCUCUCUCUCUCUCUCUCUGUCUGUGGUUAACCCUUAGCAAAUCCAAAACCAGAGACUCAUGUGCGUGCUUUGUAUAUGUGGCAUUGCUGAUUCACCCACCGGACAUUACUCAUGCUCAUUGCUUUACUAGAUGGGGUAACUCAGGACAGAGAAGAGAGAGUCCUGUUAAACACUGAUUUUCUCCCCUCCUGCGCACAGAGUGAGCCAGCUUGUGACAUGGAUUUUACCAGAUGUGAUCUUAAUUCAUUGCUAAACUGGCUGAGUCAGUGGUUCCAUAACAUGAGCACCUUGUUCCAUACCAUUCCCCUCCCUCCCUAGCUAGCCAGGACCUAGCCCGUUUAGCAAUAUGAGAAUGGCAAGAUGUUCACAACGUCUGGGUUAAUAAUAAAAAUUAGCACUUUUCGUUGGAAGAUUUCACAGAGGAGGAGAAGUAUCAUCAGAUGGGGAAACUGAGGCUCAAUGUCAUCCCGUAGGCCAGUGGCUAAGCCAAGAAUAGAACCCAGGUUUCAGUCCAGUGCUCUAUCCAUUAGGCCGUACUGCCUCUAAUUUUAAGGGAUUUCAUUGUGUUCCUUUGCCUUCCCCCCCCCGAAAGAUCCACGCUGGGUUCUGUUAAUCACAGUACAGGGGGUUUCUGAAAGGGGGCUGGACAGGGGCAGGAGACGGAUAGACGUCUCCUUGCUAAUGCUUGGAGGGGAAAUAUAAUGUGUUACUGUUUUACAAAAAGGACUGUAUGGCACCAAAUGUCCAAGUUAACUGCACAGGUACAACCUGCCUUCACCAUUUUCUACAGCAUUUUUAGGUGCCGCCAUCCCUUUCCCCUGCCCCAUAUUGUGUCUGUUCUGUCCACGUGAUCCUAACCCUGCACCUUGACACAUCCUGCUAGGAAUAUGUAUUAUUAGUCUAGCUUCUCUGAUGAAGCUGUGGGGUGAGGGAGUGUGGGCUAUUGGUUACACAGGAGAACCGGAAGCCAGGACUUCUCCAGAUUCGUUCUUGGGUCUGCCACUAACUCCCUAUAUGGCCCUGGUCAAGUCAUUUAGGCUGGGAUUUUGAAAGAUGCUUGCCUCUUUUAGGCACCCAAUCUCACCGAAACUCAAUGGAUUUUGGACACUUGACUCCUUUAGGCACUUUGAAAACUUCAGUCUAAAUGUGUCCAUGACUCACUUGCCCCAUGUAAAAAUGGUGGGGGGAGGGGUGACACUGCAGUGAGUAUCAAGGUUGAAUGACCCAGAGCACUGUUUUACCUCAAUGGACAUGAGGUUGAUAUGUGUAUUGUUACAUAUGUUUCGAUGGUGCAGCCUUCAUCAGAAGUAGCUAGAAUUCUCCUCCUUAUGGCCACAAAUUCCAAAAGUUGUUCCACUGAAAAUAACACAUUUAAGGGGAAGAUAAAGUUGGAAGUCCAAGAGGAAAAUUUUAUCUCCUGAGAAGCAACCACCUUUCCGAGAACUCCUCUGUGGACAAGCAGACAAUCAUGAUGUGUGAUCUUGGGUCACACUGUUGCAGACCGCAGAACUAUUGAUCUCGGAUGGGAUGAAGAAUAGAAAUUAACUGACUCAAUUGUUUUCACUUAUUGCCGAGCCAGGAUUUUUCUGCUGUGUAACAACACUUAACUCAAAGGAGGCAACUGUGUGCAUGGUGCUUUGAGAUCCUCCGGUGAAAGGCACCAAAGUGUGACUUAAAAAAAACAACCCUGCUUCUUUAAUUUUUUUCUUUACUUUAAAUGUCCAUGUGUAAUCCGACAUGCUUAGCUUAAAGAAUCUGAGGGUCUGAUCGGUCAGCCCUUACCCAUGUGAGUAAACACAGAAAUAUUGGGUGCCUACAGGGCUUUUCAAAACGCAAGUUUUCUUCCCACAUCUGUGUAGAUUGACCCAUUUUCCCUCAGGUGUAGCUUAACUAGUAACGCUUUUCUAUGGAGACAUAUUAACAUCCCUUUUGCUUAUAGUCAGUUUCAUUUUCAAAUUCUUAGUGCAGCAAUAUUUGGGUUUCAAACGGUGCAGGAAUGUUUGCCGUGUUUUCAAUGGAUAUCUUUUUAAAAGUGAAAGGACCACUUUGGGUUCUAGAUUGCACGAAAGCUCAUUUUAACAACAUUUCAAUGUAGUUGUCCAUGUCCCUUUCAACUUAAAAAAUACCAUACCUUGACAGGUUCAAAUAACUUGUGGUGUUUAUUCUAGUAGCAGCAAUUAGUUCAACACAAGGAUUCAGGGCAAAAACUCUUUCUAGUAUAAUUUCUGGCCAAAAUAGUCUUUGAAACUGGAUUUAGAACAAAACAGACUUAAAAGAAAUGAUCUUGAGGCCCAAAAAAAGUUGUAUCAGGAUGCUGACAAAAUUUGAUUGAAGUCUCACUCCCCAUUAAAUCUGAAUACGUGAGCUACAAAUUCCCCACUUCCCCCAGAAUAGUCCCUUGGCUAAACAGCUGUCUGAUUUCCCAGAAGCACUGAGCACCCAUUUAUACUUUUGACUCCAAUAGGAGCUGUAGGCACUCAGCACAGCGGAAAAUCACCAGCAUAUUUGACGGUUUAUAGAGCCGGGUUUUUACAGUUACCGGCCACAAGGGGUCAGCAGAACCCAGGAAGAUGAUGUGACCAGCACAAAGGGAGCCUUAGACUGUAGCAGCAGGAAAAGCCGUGUUUGGCGAGUGAUGCCCUGAAAAUGAACGGGUGCUUCGAAGGUGUUGGGCUGCGAUGCCUUUUUAAGGGCGUCAGCAUGGCUGCCCCCAAGCCUCCAAAAUACCUCCUAGCCUUUGACUUUGAUGAGACGAUCAUCAACGAGAACAGCGAUGACUCGGUCAUCAGGGCCGCUCCGGGCCAGGUGCUUCCAGAACACAUCCGCCAGACCUUCCGGGAUGGCUUCUAUAACGAGUACAUGCAGCGCGUCUUCGAGUACCUGGGAGACCAAGGGGUCAAGAUGCUGAACUACAAAACCGUCUAUGAGAACAUCCCGCUGUCUCCUGGGAUGCCGGAGCUCUUCCAGUUCCUCUCCAAGAACCAAGACCAGUUUGAGAUCAUCCUCCUCUCUGACGCCAACAUGUUUGGCAUCGAGUGCACUUUGAGAGCCGCCGGCGUCUACUCCCUCUUCCGCAAAAUCUUUAGCAACCCCUCUGGGUUUGAUAAGAGGGGCUACCUCACCUUGGGGCCCUAUCACACUCACAAGUGCCCCCAGUGCCCCGCAAACAUGUGUAAGCGCAAAAUCCUCACUGAGUACCUGAUGGAGCGGGCCCAGGAGGGAGCAGAAUUUGAGCGCAUUUUCUACGUCGGGGACGGAGCCAAUGACUUCUGCCCUUCCGUGGCUUUGACUUCGACAGAUAUUGCUUUCCCGCGGAAGGGCUACCCCAUGCACCAGAUGACCCAGGAGAUGGAGAAAAAGCAACCCAGAGCCUUCCAGGCCACCGUAGUGCCCUGGGAUUCGGCUGUAGAAGUUUGCUGCUAUCUGCAGGAGCUGCUCAAGAAGAAAUGCUGAGAAGGACUGAUGGGUAGGAAGAGACUCCUGCUGACCUUGAGGCAGCUUGGGGGCACUGUGCAGGAAAGUGGGAAGUUCAGGAGCAGCUCCAUACCCAGGGGCUGAUCUGAUUCCAUCUCUAGCUUUGCAGCGUUGGACUCUCUGAACUUCUGGAUUUCUUCCCCCGCCCCCUCCUUUUUUUCUUUUAAAAAAGCACAUUCUCUGGGUCCCCUUCCCCCGCCCCUCCUCCCGAUCUUGAGACAAGGUCUUCUCUAUGCAGUUUGCACACCCGUUCAGGAGAGGGGGGUUAGUCAGAUAUGUUUAUUUUUACCUUCACCUGGAAUUCUUUUUUCAAGUGAUUCUUUUAUUUUUUUUAAAGAAACAAAAACAAACUAGUUCUCAUGAGGCUAUGAAGUGCCUGUGCUCCCGUUAGCCCCAAGGCAGAGGUCUCCGAAUCUGUGACUUCCCAUCACAGCAGCUGGGGUCCACCUACGUCAUCACCCCCUGCAUGACCCCUCUUCCUCCACACCCCAUCAGGUGACUUGAAAUUGACCUGAGAAUUCCUAACGGGGCUUGCCUCUGUCCAGGAGGCAGGUUCUAUUCAGAGAGCCACCCUGCCCAUAAACCCUUGUUCCAGGAAGGCUGCUGCAGCAAGAAGACAUGGGUGCGGUACCAGAUUCAGGUGUGGGGUUAGGAGGACACUGUUGAUUUUAGGUUUCCAUUACAAGUGGGUCACCAAAGCACAUUUCUAAGCAAGCAAGAGUGAGAUUUUCCACAGGUACCAAUGGGAGUUAGGCACAUCACAGGCUCCAGUUCCCCAGCCCUGUCCCCUCUGAGCAGAUCACAGUGGGAAAGGGCUGUGGAAUAAUGAGAUGUAGGGGGCAGUGUGUGACAUGUAGCUAGAAAGCCCUGUCCCCCACCAAAGUAUGACUAGUUUGCAUUUAAAACACUUCACUGAAUCUGAAUUUCUACGGCUUGUUUGCACAAGCACACUCAGGAAAGUAAAGUGGACUAGUUAAACUGCAUUAAACCCCUGUGUGGACACACUCAUUCUGAACUGAAGUGGCCUUAAUUUGGUGUAUCUUAAUUCAAAAGUGAAUUAAACUGAAGUGAAGUAAGGCCACCUUAAUUCUGAAUCAGAGUGUCCACACUGGGGUUUUAUGCAGUUUAACUAAUCUACUUUUAACUUGCACCAUUAAUUUGGAUUACCAUUCCUGGGUGUCCUGAGGUCAGGGUCAAGUCCUUACACUUUGUUGAAAUGAAAGCAAAAUAGAGGCAAUCUUUUUUUCCCCCAGGGCAGAAAUUUCUCCACGGUACCUUAAACAAACACCUUUCUCCACGGUACCUUAAACAAACACCUUUCUCUGUUGUUAUUUUAAGCAUGAAAGUGAGCAUCCCCCCUCAAAUGCUUUUAGUCACACAGCUGCUUUCCAAAGCAGAAGCUCGAACUCCUCAGCUGAGUGAAGAGUGACUCAUCAGCUGUGCUCACUAGCCCGUGUCCAGACUGGAUCCCAAAGCCUGUUUAUUGAACUAGUUUAAAACCCAGCCUAACGCCUGCCCUGUCUGAACUGCGCUGCUGCAGCUGCGCUUUGAAGCAGCCCCCCAAAGGCAAUUUUGAGAGGCCUGGUGGACAGCGCCCAGGAGAGCUAUUGCUCCAAGCUAUGGGCUGCUUCCGGUGCACUUGGAGUAGCAAGUAGCAGCAUAAGCCGAGCUCUCCUUGUACCGUAGACAAAUCACCAGUCAGCUCACAGCAUGGUGGUUAUAUUAGGGUGGAGCCACUUCCUUGGCCUGAUCCUAGGAGGUGCUGAAACUCCCAUUGACUGCAAGGGGAGCUGUGGUGCUUAGCACCCCCGGGGGUCAGACUGCUAAAGGAUCAAAGCUUCUCUCCACUCUCCUUGUCAGUAUUCCCUCCCUGGGCAACCGCAGUAUUACUGCCCCCCCGUGAUUGCACUCGGCAGCCGCAGCAUUAACUGCCCAUGAGGGUGGCUUCUCCCGGGAUGAACUGCAGCCUACUCCAAAGCGUACUCUGCACAGUACAGACCUAACCAAAGCCGCACCAGCUUGCCCUCCUCUUUGCAGUUUGUUUGUUUGUUCUUCCUCCCUCCAAUCAUGUGGAACUUAAAGCCAUGGAAUUAAAAAAAAAAAUUGAACAUUAUCUAGUAAAUAGCAACAGCAGGUUCGAAACGUUUGUCUGGAAUUUGCUGCACAUGUUGUAUUUUGAUGUGGACAUUUAAAUGAACACCCCACCUGCCCCUAACGAUCAUAAAUAUAUUAAUAUAUAUAUCUAUAUGCACA